AUGUAAUUCUAAUUAGUUUAAGAAAUUAAAUAAAAAGAUUGGUGCCAUGCAUUAGCAUUCAAUUAUGAUGAAUCCAUAAUGGCAGGGAGUAUUGAUAAAAGCAUUAAACUAUGGAAAUUUUAAUAAGGAUAAUUGUAGGAUAAUAAUAUAGUCUUAGAUGGUCAUGAAAAUGUGAUUAAAUGUAUUGUAUUCAGUAAAAAAAAUAAUUGGUUUUUCUCUGGAAGUGAAGAUAACACGAUUAGAAGUUGGAAAGAAAAAUAAGGCUGGUUUUCUUCUAAUAAAUGGGAGAGUGUUAAAGCUAUUAAAGCACAUUAAGACUGGGUAAUUUAAUUAAUAUUAAAUGAAUAAAAUAAUGAAUUGAUAUCAUGUAGUGUAGAUAAGACCAUUAAAAUAUGGAGAGUUUCUUAUGAUUCAAAUUCAAUUAAAUUUUUAGAGUCUCUUGAAAUACAUUAAGAAUAAAUAUUAUCAAUUAGUUUAAAUUAAUCUUAAUAAUAAUUAAUUUCUUGGGGAGAAGACAAAUAGGUAAUUUUAUGGGAAAAGAAUUAAUAAUAAAAAUGGUAAUUUAAAAAUAAGAUCUUAUUAUCAAUCCAAGAAAUAAAUAGAGGUGCUAGAUUUCUUAUGGAUAAUUAAAUUAUAUGUAAAACAUCAAAAGGAUAAAUAGAAAACUAUAUUUUAGAAAAAGAUAAAUAUCAACAAAAGCAAGUAUUGGAUUUUAAUGUUGAAAAUCCAGAUUUUAAUCCAUAAGAAUGUUAAAUUAUUUUUAAUAUUUAAACAUAAUUAAUAGUAAUGAAACAUCAUAAAUAUUUUUAUUUUUUUAGAAAUAAUUUGGAUGAAUGUAAAUUUGAAUAAGUUUGCAAACCUUUGGAAUGUCAAAAAGAAGUUUGUUUUUUUAAUAUUACAAAUGAUGGUAAAUACUUAGUUUUGUGGAUUUGGUAUCCUGUAUUAAGAUUUAAAAUAUAUGAAUUGAUUUAUAGUAAUUAGUAUUGA